CACACACAGAACCAAGGAGAAAACUCCCGUUUCGUCCAACUCAUUUAUUAUAUCCCGACGAUCGUAAUAGAACGUCUUAGAUAGUCUGGCUCGCCCAGUUAGCGAACAUGGCUUCCAUCUGAAACGAAUCGUCAUCGUUUUACGAAAGUGUAAAAGCGACACUUGGGAUCGAUAUCGUUUUUGCUGUUUGUGUGUACGUUGUGUGCAUUGCAUGACAUUCGUGUAAAAAAAAAAAGGGAAGCGAGAUAAGAAAUCGAACUUGCUAUUUGUGUUGUUGUUGCACAACAGUGUAAUGGCUCGGCUUGUCGUCAGUUUUACCCGUCUCGAUUGUUCCAGUCAGUGGUUUUCUGUGCCUAUUGUGUUCUGUAUUAGGUUGGUCUAAACUCCUCUCACCCCCAGUCGUUGCUUCCCCCUGGUGAAACAGGGCCUUUCCACCGCCUUUCAGCAUGAGUUCGAUGAAACACAACCCACCCAGGUACAGCUCCAACUCUCUAGACAACAGUCAAGCCAGCAUGACAUUGCAAGCCACCAGCCAGCCUGGAGCAGGGAAAGGCAAAUCCAGAAAAAGAAAAGAUCACUCUCCACCUUCCCCUUCACUGCCGGAUGGAAACUCAGUGGUUCAGCAGCAGCAGCCAUGCUCACUGGCUAUACCCAUUACCUCUUCGUUCUCCAAGCCAGCCAACAAACAAGGAUUUCGUUUCUCCCUGCGUCGAAUGCUCUACAACAGUCCAUUGGUUUCUCAAAGAAGGUCGAGGAGCCUCUCUGGUGGAAACAACCUUGGCAAUCCUGCACCUAGCAGCAGCAGCAGCACUGGCGGUCUGAGAAAAAGGCAGUCUCCCUGCACAUCCCGAUAUGGAUCUGAAAGCCCUUCAGAUACCUCCAGCACUUCUCAAUCAGAGCUCCGUGUUCCCAGCAGAUCUCUCAGGUGUCCUAUAUCUGAGAACUGGGAAUGCCCUCUCUGUUUGGCCGAAUGUUCCAGCGAAUUCUUUCCCGAGCUGCUUUGCUGCACGCACCGGUCGUGUCUAGAUUGCUUGCAGCAGUACUUGCGAAUCGAGAUUUCCGAGUCACGUGUCAACAUCAAUUGCCCAGAAUGCUCAGAGCCCAUGCAUCCCAACGACAUUCGAUUGAUAUUGAAUAAUGAAACCCUUCUGGAAAAAUACGAGGAUUUCAUGCUGCGAAGGGUUUUGGCUGCCGAUCCGGAUUCUCGUUGGUGUCCGGCUCCCGACUGCAAUUUUGUUGUUCUGGCUACCGGUUGUGCCAGUUGUCCUCGCCUGUUGUGUCAACGCCCUGGAUGUGGUUCGUCGUUUUGUUACCAUUGCAAGGCUCUGUGGCACCCCAACCAAACCUGUGAUGCUGCCCGCGCCCAGCGAUCUUCCAUUUAUGGCUCGUCGUCCAAUUUCAAAAAUACUCAACGUGAUGACAUUAAACCGUGCCCGAGAUGUCAGGUGCUCAUUGCCAAGAUGGAUGACGGUUCGUGUAAUCACAUGACGUGCGCCUUGUGCGGCUCCGAGUUUUGCUGGCUCUGCAUGAAGGAGAUAAGUGACCUGCAUUACCUGAGUCCGUCCGGCUGCACGUUUUGGGGCAAGAAGCCGUGGUCACGCAAGAAGAAAAUUCUAUGGCAACUGGGCACUUUGGUUGGUGCCCCAGUCGGCAUUGCCUUGCUAGCCGGCAUCGCGGUGCCAGCAAUGAUCAUAGGCAUACCCAUCUGGGUAGGCCGGAAGCUUUACGCACGAUUCAAAACCGUCUCCAAGCACAAGCGCAAUGUCAUCAUCACUAGCGGCGUUGCGGCUUCGGUUUUGGUGGCGCCUGCCAUUGCUGGAGUGGCUGUAGGGAUGGGAGUGCCCAUCCUGCUGGCCUACAUUUACGGCGUCGUGCCCGUCUCGUUGUGCCAGAACGGCGUUUGCGGCGUAUCGGCCUCUCCGCUGGGCGUGCGGAUCGAUUUCGAUGACGACGAUGAAGUCGUUGGCGUCGGAAUCGUUUCUGGUGCGGCCGGUGUGGGAAACAGCGGCGGGACGGGCGUCGGAAGCGGAAGCGCUGGCAAUGGGGGCGGCGCUGGUGUCGGUGGCGGCCGAGGAAGCGAUGACCUCAGCGCGAUGGAUGGCAACGCCAACGACAGCGGCAGCAUCGGCGGCCCGACCGCCUAUUAUUCCCGCGGCAGCGCCGCCGGCGUAGGCGUCGGGCAGAACAAACGCAACACGGACGCCGUUUCACUCGAUCUCGCAACUAACCUUGGCCUCGUUGGAAAUCCUUCCAUCGGCGAAGCGAGCGUAGCCUUAUCGGCUUCCGGGUCGGCUUCGUUGGGCAGCGCCAGUCAGCUGUUUGUGCGUGACAGAGACCGCGAAAGCGACCGUGAAGAUUGCGAAUCGGCCAGUCAAUUGGGAUUGGCUGGCAGCAUCGUCUCCAAUGCGUCGGCCGCCCGACGACUCGAAGUGCAAGCCGAACUGGUGGCCAUGGCCGCUUGCUCGCCCAACAAACGUUCCAGUUUCGCUUCUUCAGAAACGGCUUCGGCAACCAUCAGCUUAUCGGAGAGAUCCAACACGCUGUCCAUGGCUGACGAUGGAGCCGCGUCCGUCGCCUCAACACGAGCCCUGGCCGGCUCGCUCCUUAGCUACAAGAUGGGAGAUACAAGUUCCGUUCAUAGUUACCGCAUCCCCCAUACCGGCCAAACAUCGGCGUCGGCGUCGGGCAGCGUCAAGUCUGGUUACGCCCCCGUUGAAAUUCACGCUUGCCUCAAUGAUGGUGAUGAUUUGGCCAGCGGCGCUCGCUCCUCAAGUCCUGUUUCGAUCAUUUCGCUGUCCGGUGAUGAGGUGACGCUGCCCGGUUUGGUGUCGCUGAGACGUUCUGCCCGUCGGGCCCGCUUCGGCAACAAUAGCACUCAAGCAGCCGGCGCGUUGGCCGGUGAUAACGAGGAUCACGGUCAGGUGCGAUUCGACGAUCAAGUCAGUUAUUUUGAUCGGACGACUGUUGCUUGUUCUCCGACCGCAAUCGAGGCAUCCGAACGAACUGCAACUCGUUGAAACAACACUCGGCCAUCAUCCACUUAAAUUGCGACUCGGACAUUUAAAACUUAGCCCGGAAAAAUAAAAAAAACGAAUAAAUCAAUUAAAAAAAAAAUAAAAAUAUAUUAUGAUUAAAGAAAACGUGUCCAGCCAAUUUGUACUCUUCUCCCCCUUAUUUUUUUUCCUUUUAAACAUGAAAACAAUUGGAUUUUGAAUUUUUUGUUUUGUUUCCUUUUCCCAAUUUUUUGUUUCCAAUAUUCUCUCGAUAUUGGUUUAUUGCGCAAGAUACUAGCUCUGGUUUACUGUGAUCGCUGGAUGUAGUACUUGAAAAAGAAAAAGAAGAAAAAUAAUCGCUUUCAAUUGUUUUUUGUUUUCUCUUGCUGUUUGAAGAUCCUCUUUUUCCUUCUUCUUCGCCACUUUCAACAUUCAUUUUCCAUCUUUCCUACGUAUCGAUGAUGUCAAGAGCUUUCGUGCACCCUUUACUCCCCGUCACUUAUUUUUCGUGUCGCAUUUUUAAAUGUAAUUUUUUUUUUCUUUCUUUUUUUUUUUAGUGGGAGGGAUUGGAAUGGAAUGGAUUUAUAUAUAAUUAUAUAUAUACAUAUUUUUUUUUUUUUUUUCUUUACUCACCUCCACCCCCGGGACACGAGACGGAUUGAUAUCAGUGUUUAUGCGAUUAAACCCGAGUUGUUUUUGUUUGUUUUUUUCAUUAAUUUUUUCUGUAUUCGUUUACGUGGCUUUUCUUCGAAGGACAUUAUUCCCUGUUCCCUCCCAUAAGUUUCGUCCUUUCCUUUAACCCUAAGAAAUAUAUGACGUUUCUUUUCUUUUUUUUCCGUUUUGUUUUGUGUAUAUGUUUCUUGUACAUCACCAGUUGAAUGGAUUGCCUUUUCCGUUUGAUUUCUUUUUGAAUGGGUUCCUUUCGCCUGGAAUUUUUUCCGAACAUCUUUUAAAUUCCGGGUGGAUGGAGCCUGCCUAUUUCUAGUUGGUUUUCGGACAUCUUUUCCUCCUUUCAAAGGCGAACGAUAAAUACAAAAGAAAAUGACUA